UUGUAUGAAAAGGAGGUGUAGGGAAUAAGAACAGCGACCCCUUCUCUUCUCAGCUUCUUUCCUCUCUCUUUGGGUUGUGUUUUUUGCGACACACAGAGAGAGAUUUCAGUUCUCAAGCCACCAUACCAUAUAUUUAUAUAUAUAUAUAUAUAUAUAUAUAUAUAUUUUUUUUUGUAUCUCUCUCUUUCCAGAAGGCGAUGGCAUAGAGCACCCACACACACAGCGAAGAAGAAAGAUAGAGAGAGAAAGAGAAAGAUAGAGAGAGAAGAAACAGACAGACACAGAGACAACAGUCUGAGAAAGAAAAAAGAAUUCAAGAGGGCUUUCAAUCCCAAGAGAAAACGAUGUCUGAGAGCUUUGCACCCUUUUAAGCCCUGCAACUCUUAGAGCUGAGAAAUAAGGAGGUGGGUGUUGUGAGGUGGAAGAUAGAAAUGAUAAUGAAGAAGAAGACACUAAUAUGGGAAUAGCAACACUGCCACCACCACCACCACCACCACUUCAAUCUGUUGUUUUUCAUUCAAGAAAUCACCACCCAAUUCAAAUCUCAGACAGUCCCAAUUCUACAAAUUCUAUGUCCCAAGACUAUCAUCAUCAAGGUAUUUUCAGUUUCCCGAAUGGGUUCGAGAGAUCACAACAAGAACACCACCACCACCAACACAUAGCACAGCAGAUCCGAAGGGACAGUAAUAAACUAAGGGUCCAAGGAUUCGAGCAGCCACCGCCCCCACCACUGCCGCCGCCAUUCGUUCAGCUAGAACAAGAAGACUCCGGUGGGCUUCCGGUGUACGAGUCAGCCGGAAUGUUAUCCGAGAUGUUCAAUUUCCCUUCCGGGACCACCACGGCCCCGGAAUUGCUUGACAACCAGAUGGGUACUAGUUACCGGAACCCCCGGCAACCACCGGCAGCCGCCGAGUGGUAUGCAAACAGACAAGAGGCGGUUGUGGGUGGUUUGGGCGAGGAUUCAAAGAAUCAAAACUUUCUCAAUAACCAUCAUCAUCACCAACAUAGUCAGAUUUCGAGCAUUAAUACGGACUCAGCAGCUGCCAUGCAGCUUUUUCUCAUGAACCCACAAACUACAGUUAGGUCACCGUCACCAUCCCCUUCUCAUCAUCCUACACAACCACCAUCUUCAACACUUCACAUGCUGCUUCCGAGCCCAUCAAACACUUCCACUCCACAAGGUUUUCAUCAUAACACUGUUGGGGGUUUUGGUCCAUCCCAAUCACAAUUCACUUGGGUUCAUGAUAGUGGUGGACAUGAAGGAGGUACUACUAGUACUAUUACUGCCACUGGAGCCCAUGAAGGACAAGGGCUUUCAUUGUCGUUGUCGUCCUCGUUGCAGCACUUGGAAGGGGCUAAAGCUGAGGAAUUGAGGAUGGGUGAUGGUGGGAUGUUGUUUUUCAAUCAAGCAGGUGGAGGAGGAGGGUCAACUUCUGCUGAUCAUCAUAAUCAGUAUAUGUACAAGAAUUUGGGUGGUUUGGGUCAUCAGAACCAUCAUCACCAGACACUGCAUUUGCAAGGUGGAGUGGUGGGUCAGAACCACCAUCAGUUCCAUGUUGGGUAUGGGUCUUCAAUAGGGGCAGUCAAUGUUCUCAGGAAUUCUAAGUAUGUGAAGGCUGCACAAGAAUUGUUGGAGGAGUUUUGUAGUGUUGGGAGGGGUCAGUUCAAGAAGAACAAGUUUGGCAGACAUAACACAAACCCUAAUUCUAAUCCAAGUGGUGGUGGUGGUGGUGGUGGUUCUGGCGGCGGCGGUGCUUCUACAUCUUCUUCAAAGGAUCUCCCUCAUUUGUCAGCUGCUGAUAGGAAUGAACACCAGAGAAGAAAGGUCAAACUUCUAUCAAUGCUUGAUGAGCAGGUGGAUCGAAGAUACAACCAUUACUGCGAACAAAUGCAAACGGUAGUGACUUCAUUUGAUUUGGUAAUGGGGUUUGGAUCUGCAUUGCCAUACACUGCCUUGGCACAGAAGGCGAUGUCUCGGCAUUUCCGGUGUCUAAAGGAUGCCAUAGCAGCACAGUUGAAGCAUAGUUGUGAGGCUUUGGGGGAGAAAGAUGCAGGUACUUCUGGGGUGACCAAAGGAGAGACUCCGAGGCUUAAGCUGCUUGAGCAAAGCCUGAGACAGCAAAGAGCAUUCCAUCAGAUGGGGUUGAUGGAACAAGAAGCUUGGAGACCACAAAGAGGCUUGCCUGAACGUUCUGUCAGCAUUUUGAGAGCCUGGCUAUUUGAGCAUUUCCUUCACCCGUACCCAAGUGAUGCAGACAAGCAUCUAUUGGCUCGACAGACCGGUCUAUCAAGAAACCAGGUAUCAAACUGGUUCAUUAACGCGAGGGUCCGGUUGUGGAAACCCAUGGUGGAAGAGAUGUACCAGCAAGAAGCCAAAGAAGAGGAAGGUAGUGGGGAUAGAGAGAGGAGCCAAAACAGUAACUUUACACAAACCCCAACUAUUACUACCCCAACCACAACAACAACAGCUGCUGCUACAGACACACCAACUGUAUCGACAACAACAACGACAAUUACAGCCACCGCAGCAAGCAAAAGAUCCCAAAUCAAUGCAUUCGACAACGACCCUUCACUCAUCACAAUCAAUAGUACCACACAUUGCUUCUCAGAAAACCAACCCAGACUACCCCCCACCACCACCACCUCCACUAUCUCCACCACCACUCCCGCCGCCGGCGAGGUGCAUUUCCCGCCACAUUGCAUGGUUGGGGCUGACGGCAACAUGUCGACGUUGAUCCGGUUUGGGACCAAUGCAGGGGACGUGUCGCUCACGCUAGGCCUUCGCCAUGCUGGAAACUUGCCGGAGAAUAACCCUUUCUCUGUUAGAGACUUUGGGGGAUUAUAGUUUAAUUAAUUAAAUUAUAUACAAUGUGACUAGCUAUCUAAUUUUGUUAUAUAUAUUCAUACAUAAUGAGAGAGAAGUAGCAUUAAAGUUAGCUAGUAAAGUGAGGUCUAUUAUAAUUGUAUAGUGGAGUACACUGUUCUGCUUAUAUCACUUUCUUAGAUUGGAAGCUCUGAGCUUACUCUUAAUUUGUACUGAAAGGUGAUAAUUUAUUUUAAUUGGUUAUGUUGCUUAUAUAUAAUUACAGAUUUCUCCAAGGCAA